AUGCAUAUGGGCUGGGUUGUUUGCAUGGGCUUAAUUCAAGUUAUGGGCUGUAUCUGGAGCACUCAUGGCCCAAAAAGAGCCCAGACGAAACUGAAGAUUGGAAAAGACGAAAAGAAGAGAAGGCACAUCACAAGGUUAAGAGUGAAGGGAGAGAGUGAAAGAGAUCACUACUUGAUGGCGUCAAAGUUGCACCAGUUGCUGUCCAAAGCAUGUCAAGCAUCUCAAUUCGUAGCCAAACAUGGAACUAACUACUACAGGCAAUUGCUGGAACAAAACAAGCAAUAUAUUCAGGAGCCUCCUACAGUAGAGAAAUGCAACCUGCUGGCUAAGCAAUUGUUCUACACCCGCCUUGCCAGUAUUCCGGGUCGUACAGAGUCCUUCUGGAAGGAACUUGAUUAUGCCAAGAAUCUAUGGAAGAACAGGAAAGAAUUGAAGGUGGAAGAUGCAGGUAUUGCUGCUUUGUUUGGCCUGGAAUGCUUUGCAUGGUAUUGCGCUGGUGAGAUUGUUGGAAGGGGAUUUACCUUCACCGGUUACUAUGUCUGA